CAAAGUAUUUUUAUGUUGUUUUGUGAUAUAAUUAUUAUAUUUUUUAUUAUAUUCUUUAGCAUCUUCGGAACUUAGUACGCCACCAUAAAUAAAAAUAAAAUGCCUGUUGAAGCAGCUUCCAGGAACCAAAUUCUUGAUUUGUUCAAUCAGGCCCAAACAACAAGUGCCGUGCACCAGAAAAACUCUAUACAUCUUUAUAAACUAAUUCAUAGGGUAUGUUUCUAACUUUAGUAGUAAAUUUGAUCUUAUACACCCAUAAGGGGCUUCUUUGCACACAUUCUACAUUCUGUUUCAAGUCUGAAGAAACCUGGCCUCUUCUGAAUAAUGUAAUACUUACAAUACUACAAGCUGAAGAAAGUGUAUAUUUAGAGAGAUUGAUACAAUUCAUUGGAGCAAUCUAUGUAACUCUGAAGCAGAAAGAAAUAACUAAAAAUGAUGUCUUUUCACCUGAAGGAUGUAACCUAUCUUUUGGAAUAUUGAGCUUUCUUUUGAAGGCCUCGAAAUUAGCUAAUGAUAACAUUCGUCUGAAUUCACUGAAAAUGAUCCAUGAAAUCUUGAAUAACCUUAUGGAUGUGGAAAUUGAUGAGUCAUUAUGUGAGGAAUUGGAAAAAAAAUUAAUAGAUAGAUUAUGGGAUCCCAGAAUUUCUGUCCAGCUGGAAGCAUUGGGUACUAUGUCCCGUUUACAGAACUAUGAUAACCCUGAUGAUAAUAUAAUUGCAAAAUUCAUCUAUCUGACAGCUUCUUCAAGUUCAAAGGUAAGGCAGCGAGCAAUAGAAUUAGUAGCUGCGCGAGGAGAUGUCAUAAAAUAUUUUGUAAGGUCAACAAGAGACAAGGAUCCUGCAGUAAGAUUAGCUGCACUAAAAAGACUCGCAAGCAAAGCAACAUUUUUGAAGACUCCAGACAAAUGUGACAUUCUUCUGUUUGCUUUGAGAGAUUCCACACCGUCUAUCCAAAAAUAUUUACCUGUUUUGCUAAACUCAUGGGUAGAGAGCUAUGAUAAUAACAUAAUACAGUUCUUGAAGUCACUUAAAAUACAUACUGAUAGGAAUCAAAUUCAGAGGGCCGUCUCUCUGUAUGAGAAAGUUCUGUAUAUAAUAUUAAGGAAUACAGACCUUGCAAGGUUGUCUGGAUAUGUGCAAAUCGUUGACAAAGUAGUACCAUAUGAUCAGUUGAAUUAUGAGACAUCUUGCUACUGGAGAACAUACAUUGAGUAUUUACAUGGUAAAGGAGAUUAUUUUGAGGGGGAAGUUGAGAGGAUGAUUCCCGAACUACCUUAUUUUAGUGGACAUAUACUUGGAUUCUGCAAUAGUAUGAAAACCAAAGGGCUGGAAAAUGACUCAGAACAGCAAUACAUACUGAAGCAACUAUUCCUGAUGACUAAAGUCUUCGAUUAUGCUGAUGUUGCAAAUAGAAGAUGCUUGAAUGGUUUGGUGCAAUGUGUGUUACGUGACUUACCAUUAACUACAGAUACCACUGAGGUAGUUGUAUCAGCCUUAGAGAGGUCGAUCCCUUUGGCUGCUCCUAGGACGCAUUUUGUCAAUGAAAUGAUCUCAGAAAUUAUUUCGCCUGUUGAUGUAGAGACUGCUGUGCAGAUCCACGAACUGACGCAAUUAAAAGUGCAAAUAAACUGCCUAAACAACGACCUCGAUGAAGCAGUACAAGAGAAAAGUUAUCUGAGAGCAGAUGCCCUCAAGAAAGAAUUGGAACAAAAAGAGGUAGAAUUGAAACGUCUGAAGGAAGAGCGUUACGUACAACAUGAGAUUACAGAAAGAAAAAAUGACGAACCGACGCUGAACAAAUGUCUGGACAUUGCCAUUGCUGCUGCAUCUUCAAAACAGGUGACACAACUGACUCCCGCCUUGAGGUCUCUAAAAGAAAGUUUAAUUCCAGAUUUCAUGGAACAUGAUAGCUGGAUCAUCAAGCUGAAAGCUCUUAAAUUUUACGCUCUCUGCUGUCUCGUAGACAAAACAGUCGUUCCUACAGGAAUACAAAUCUUCACAGCUCUCAUCUACUCUUACUCGCACGGAGAAAAAUUCGAAAAGGAAAUCCUGCAACUUUGUGUUUAUGCUGUGUGUGACCUGUUGAUUUUGUAUGGACCAGCUCUAGUUGCUGCACCUAAUGUGGUGGAUCUGUCAGAAAGUACCGACGAGGACCAUCAGCAAGUUUUUGCUGGAUCAUCCAUAUCUGAGAUAGUGGAUGCACUUUUGGCUAUCAUAAAAGAUCAGGAAAAUGAGACUUUGGUGAAAGAAUGGGCAUAUUUGACCAUAUGCAAGCUCAUAAGCAAUGGUGUUGCGAAAACUGCUUCACUAAUUUCAAUGCUGAUUUUGAAAUGGUGUGAACCUGAAGGUGAUCCCAACCUGGUCAGUAUCAUUGGUCACACGUUGCAGAAGAUAGUUCGCAUAUCCGAGUAUUCGCAUAAUUUGCAAGAUGCAUCAAUUUUGACUAUAGACGUGUUGCUUAAUGAUACGUCACCACCGAUCUAUCAGACUGUCAAAGAAGACGUAAUCAAGUUCAUCGUCGCUCUUUGCAAAACAUCGCCAAAGCAAAUGGAAAUCCAAGCCGUACUAGGAACAGACUUCUGCUGUAGAAUUAGGGACACUUACGAUACUAAAACGCAGUUGCUUCUAUCUAAACUUCUUCUAAAUCUUGACAUACCACCGGAUGCGCAGUUUUUGGAGUACCUGAUGGAACUUUGUGAUGAAGUCAAAGACAAUGUAACAAAUAAACUAGUUCGUGCAAAUGUUACCAAGUUUGUAGCGUCGCUUCACAGCAAGUAUGAAAAAGUCACUUUUGGUGCCGAUGAUAUGACUAAACAGUCAGCUGAAGAUGAUGUAGAACCAAUGGAAGAUGAUGGAGACGAGACGGAAGACGACGAGUAAAUAUUAUCAUGGGAGCACAACACUUUGGUUUCGUGCUGUGAAGAGACUCAUAAUAGUCUAAUCAAACGGUAGUUUGAAGUGGA